GUUAAGACACUAUUUAUCAGUCCUACUACUCUUAAACACCUCUGUAAUACAGAUAUAAUUAAUCAUUAUCCAUAUUAUCAUUUGAAAACUGUUGUAAUUGGAACGGAAGCAAUUUGUGAAGAUACGAUAAAGCGUGCAUUUCGGUGUUUACCGUCCGUUAAGCAUUUCAGUGCCGUUUAUGAAAUGACUGAAGCAGGAAUUAUUAGUCGAACAACCAAAUUUUCUCCUUUCAUAUCUCAUUCAUGUGGAACAUUAUGUGCUGGCCUUAGCAUGAUGGUAAUAGACAUGGUUAGUGGUGUUGAAGUAGGCAUAAACCAGCAAGGCCUUAUUCUGCUUCGAGGACAAACUGUAAUAUCACCGUAUUGGAGGAAUGACAAAGCUACAUUUGAGGAUUUUCAGCGAAAUGGUUGGAGAAAUACUGGUGAUAUUGGUUUUUAUGAUAAAGAUGGUAAUGUAUUUCUUGUUGAUCGAGAAAAACAGAUGAUUAAGGUUGAUGGUUUUCAGGUGACACCGCAAGAGUUGGAAUCGAUCCUGUUGACUCAUCCAUCUAUUGCUGAAGCAGCAAUUGUACCGGCCACAAAAGUAAACCAACAAGAAACACCGGUAGCUUUUGUGGUGUUAAAACCUCGUAUACCUGCUACAGCUGAACAGAUUAAGGAGUUUGUUAAUGAACGUGUGAUGCCUCAUAAACAGGUGGAUGUUGUGGUUAUAGCAAUGACAUUACCUCGAUCGCCAGGUGGUAAAAUACUUUGGCGAUUGUUACGUGAAGCUGCUAAUAGAAAAUUACGCGAUUAUCUACAGUCAAUCGAUGCUGUAAGGAAUGAUUCACUAAGGGUCACCUUAAAUGCUGGCAAUAUCUCAAUUGGUCAUUAUAAUCUUAAAUAUCAAUUACAUGUUUAUGAAAACAUCACUGAACCACCUAAAAUGGGAAAACUAUGUCACUUAAAAGUUUUCGAAAUUAAGGAAUUGAGCAAUAUUUUUAUCGAAAAUUCAGAAAAGCCCGUGAAUCACAUUUACUGGAUGUGUCCACCAUAUGGUUGGUGCUGUGGUGCAGAAUGCUGUCAACCGUUCUACAGAAAUCCAUGGCCAUUACUUGGGCCAGAUUUUUAUGAGCUGGUUGCUGCGAUAACAGUUUUUGCUGGUUUAUUGGUCAUUCCUGAAUUAUGUCGCCGGUUGCGAAAACGGAAAAUGGACAAUACACAGCAAUCGGUGUCAUUAGUUGUUUCUACGGGAAUUCCCGGGAGCAUUAUGGAGAAUGCAGAAAAGGCACAAUUCAUAGCAUAG